UAUUUAUAUAUCGAUAACAGCGGCUUGAAGAAAGAGGAAGAAACAAAACAAAACAUUUUUAGUUUAAUAAAAUAAACAAAUUGAAAACAAAAUAUGACUGAAUUUGGAGGAGAUUCAGGUGGCCGGCUAAAAGGCGUGACUAUCGUCAAGCCAAUAGUAUAUGGAAACGUAGCCCGAUCCUUCGGCAAGAAACGUGAAGAGGACGGGCACACGCAUCAGUGGAAGGUCUAUCUGAAGCCAUAUUUCAACGAAGAUAUGUCCAUUUAUGUAAAAAAGGUGCAUUUUAAACUUCACGAGAGUUACGCCAAUCCAAAUAGAAUCGUGGUUAAGCCUCCAUAUGAAAUAACGGAGACCGGUUGGGGCGAAUUUGAGGUAAUCAUCAAGAUUUACUUCAACGAUCAGUCGGAGCGGCCUGUUACUUGCUACCAUAUCCUAAAGCUCUUCCAAUCGCCCGUCGUCGAUGGCGAGCUGAACUCCAGCACCACUAUGGACACCAAGAAGGGGCUGGUCUCGGAGUCGUACGAGGAAAUCGUGUUCCAAGAGCCCACCCAGAUCAUGCAGCAUUAUCUCAUGCUUUCGGAGCAAAGCGCCAAUGGUCUGUCAACACAUGACACUGACUUUGAGGAAAAGAAAACGAAAACGCUGGACAACAUUGUGAAUGUAAAACAGAAGGUGAAGGGGGAGAUCGUUACACUAAAGGAUAAACUAAAGCUAGCCCGCGAGACCAUAUCAAAAUUCAAGACCGGAAUUGGCUAAGGUGCAAAAGCAGCCUGCGUAAUAUAUGCAUUCAAUUUCGAUUAAGUGAAAUGGUUUUAAGUAUCUAUGUGUAAAAUAUUAAAUAUAGUCUUAAAAAAAUA